AUGGCUCCCAAGUCCCCUGCCAGCAACAAGAAGCCAGCCGCAGGCUCGCCCAAGCAGAAGAGCCCCAAGAAGGCCAAGACCGAGGAGGAGGAGCUGCCGGCCGCCGUGGCCGCCGCCGAGGAGGAGGAGGAGGCCGAGGUUGACGUGGGCGAGGAGGAGGAGGAGGCUGGGGAUGUGGAGGGGGGGCCAGCCGCGGGCGAGGGCCCUGCGACGCGCACCCGCGCCAAGGACGAGGGCGCCGCCCCCGCCAGCGCCGCCAAGCAGACCGCCAAGGUGGCUGCCACCAACGCCCUGCCCCAGCCCACCAUCGUGGACAUCCUGCUGGGCGACCACCGCGACACCGUGGCCCUGCUGAAGCACUUUGACGAGGUGUCUGGGUCGGGCGACAAGCUGAUGCUGGAGAAGCUGACCGAUGCCAUCGCCAUCACCAUCCGCCUGCACUCCCAGGCGCGCCCCAGGGCAGCCGCGCAGCCACCCUCAGCAGCAUCCUCCAUCCUGCCACCCACCACCACACUAGCACCCACCUGUGCGUCCUUGGAGCGUGCCACCCUGCAGGCGGAGUUUGAGGUGCUGUACCCGGUGAUGGAGAGGCGGCUGGGGGCCAAGGGCAAGGAGGCGCGGGAGCACAGCGUGGAGGAGCACUCCAAGAUUGAGGGGGACCUGGUCAGGGCGCUGGAGAUGCGCAAGGAGGGCGGCAAGGAGCUGGCCGGCACCAUCAAGGAGGUGAUGGAUUUGUUCAUCAAGCACCUGGGGGAGGAGGAGAACGAGCUGGUGCCCAAGAUGCUGGCGCAGAUGUCUGAGGAGGAGCAGGUGGAGCUGGCUGCCUCCUUCCUGGAGGCCAAGGCCAAGGCGCUGCUGACCCCGCAGCCCGCCACAGCCUGA